AUGAUCCUUCAGAAAUCAUUCUAAUAAGAUGAUUGAAUAUUAUCAGUUGAACAGUUGUGCAGCUUAUUUGUUUUUAGAAAUUGUGAUAAAUUUGUCUUUCGUGAUUGUACUACUUAUUAUUUUUUAAAGAAAGGUAAUACUACAACUGUCACUUAUAAUCAAUCAAUGUAUCAAAAUUAUUUUAAUGUGUGUGGGUAGGCAUUUCAAUGAUCCUACUAUUUACAGCCAAAUAAUAGAUUACAAGACCCAUACCAUAUUGCUCCUAGGCCUACCCUUGUGGUUUAUCAAAAAAUGUGAAGACUUAACGUUCGAUGUUUUCGUGGUGUAACUUGGGUGGGGAAGAUUGUGUAACAAAAAAGGUUUAAAGAGCAAAAAUAUCUGAACUUUAUUUAUUUUAUUCGUAUAUUUUUUUAUUGAAUUUCAAAAAUACAAUUCAGUUCUCAAGACAUUUAGCGAACAAUGUUUAUGAACAUAAGGAUGGCAUGGAUUGAUCCUCGUCUCCAUCUCUGCUCAUAGCAGACUAAUGGUUUGAGGGGAGUGGUUAAGCGUUUUCAAGCCAAGCUGUCAAACUGACGUUAUUAGAAAAGGAACGCCAUUCCAGACCGGAAAUAACUUAUCAGAUUUUGAUUAAAGAUUACCACGGCAAUGUGUGUGUGUACUUGUUCGGAUUAAUUUUUCACCACGAGAUUAUAACAUUCGCUACAAAAAUAAAAUUUUAUGUCGACUUUAAAAAUCAAAAUGCCUUACCAUAUUGUCAUUUUCAAUCCAUCUGAACCUGGUUCUCCUUGGAAUUGUUUCUGAGUAAUCUUCCAAGUACCUUUUGUAAGGUCCUGCACGCUUUGCCAUUAUUUAUCUUGCAAACACCUGCAUCAACAAAAAUGCAUCUCCGAUUUUUUAAAAAAAAAUUAUUUGUAACCGGGUGUCGUGAUAUUUAGUCAUGUGAUCCGUUCGCGCACAUGCCUAAUUAACAACACGACCUAUUGUUAGAAACAAACACUGCAAAGCAAAAAUAAAAAUAAAGAAAAUCCGUCAGUCACAACACUUAAACAAUGGCAUUUGCCAUUUAUUAUUUCAAGGACAAGAGCGUGGAAGUGGGUAAAACUGACUGGAUGAGUACUGAAGACCAGCAAAAUUGUUCAAAAAUUAUAACACAAUGUCCCACACUCGAGGAUGAAGAUGAUGGAUGGAUGAGUGUGAAGUGGGAAAAAGGCAGAAAAAAGAAAAAUUGUCCAGCCCUUUUUCCUGCAAAGGUUUUAAUGUUCGGUGACAACUAUAGUGAUCUCUGCCAGAAAAGGGAACAGUUCAUUAAGGGUGAAGACAUCUGGAAACAAACACUGAGGAGGAAGACAAAGCCAAACAGUUGGUUGAUGGAGGAUGUAGAAGAAGAGGAGAAUGAACAGCCCAAAAAAAAGCAAAAGUGUAAAAAGACAACAUGUACCCCAAAAGAGGCAGCAGACCAAAUGAUUGAAAACCUGAAGAAGGAGCUGAUGGCAAAGCAAACUUCUUUCCAGUCAGCUAUCGAAAAUGAGUUUUCAUCAGAUGAGGACAUACUUGAGAGAAACUGGAGUAAGGUACAACAGCAAAUGAAGGAACUUAAAAGAGAGAACAGGAGGCUAAAAGAAGACAACAUUAAAGAGAUACUUGAUGCCAUGAGAGAGCUUCCCACAGUAGUGACGAAGUUGAAAGAAGUGAUUGGACAAAUAACACUUCAGACCUCACCUACUGCAUCCACUUCUGCAACACCUUCAACAUCAGUAGACUCUGCAUCUGUUUCUCCUCAAGUGUUGUCUGAUGAUAUGGUGUUUCUCAUGCCAGGCUGUGAUGUCAAGGUCCCCAAGCGAAAGCUUAACUCUCUGCGGACGGCAAAUCCGUCAGUAUACAUCGGGGACCUUGCCGUGCUUGUCUAUGGAAGGGAAACCCUGUCUCAUUCAAGCUUGACAGGAAGACAGUCAGGGGCACACAAAGAUGUGGAAUCAAAGCCACGGCUUGAUAGCACAAAACUUGAUGCUAUAUUUGACCAUGCUCUGUCAAAGUUCCCUGACAUCACCAUGCAAGAUGUGAGACGCAUCAUAAGAAAAAAAUGCAACAACGAAAACUACAUCAAGCGAGCUACUACAAAGAAGCCCAUUUGAAUCAAAAUUUUUUGUUGUCAUAUAUUGAACAAUUAUUGUUUGGAUUUGUAGUUUCUUUAGGAACUGAUAUCUUUUAUGACACUACCGUAAACAUUGUGUUUACUGUUUUGUUUUGAACUGUAUAAUGUGAGUGUCAUUGUUAUUUUAAGUUUAUGUGGAAUCCUAUACAAUAGAUUUGUUUGAAAUUAUUGAUUUAUAAAGAUAACUUAUGUUCAUAAUUCUGAGUAUGUGAAUUUUUGUGUAGUCCACUGAUAAUGUACAAGAGAACUUAUAAUUUAAAGUGCAAUUAAAGGUAUAUUUAAAGUAUAAUAAUUAAUACCUAAAUAUCGUAGUGUACUUAAAGUGCAAAACUAAUAAAGAAUUAGUAAACUGUGAUGUUAAGUCCACUUAAAGAAUACUUGUAGUCUAAAACUACUAAACUAGUAGUUUACUGUGAGUACACUAAAGGAGCAAAAGCAAUGCAUAAUUAGU